CAGAGCGCGUGGGGCGUUGUGGGGUCCGCAGGAGUACGCGGUGUACAGACACUUCGCGGACUUCACCGCCAUUCACGUUGGCUUCUGUCCCGCCCUCAACUCCAUUUGUUGUCUCCACUGCAGGGGGCCCCUCAUCGCUGGGCCCUCCGGAGAACAGCUGUUCAGUCUCUGCGAAGCGGCUUGUGGGGAAAUUGGCCGCGAAGUUCGGACUUGUUUGAAAAGGGCCUUCGCGGCAAAGGCCCCGGGGGGCCCCCCGGACUUCUGCAGCCCCAAAAGACCCGCAAACGAGGAGCCCCACUGA